AUGGCUGCGCUGGCGAUACAAAGGACUGACAACUUUUUGCACACCUUUUUACAGGACCGGACGCCCAGCUCCUCUCCUGAGGGAGCACCCAACGCCCUCUCCUUCCUGGCCACCACCUGUAGCCAGGCCUGGCAGGUGGGAGGUGCUAUGGGCUCAGAAGGCUCCCAGUUCCCUUACGAAAGCACCGUCAGCUCCACAUCAGGAAUGUUUCAGCUCUGGAGCAACGAUAUGGCGCCAAGCACAGCCCUCAGCACACACCAGAUGACCUUCACGGUACCCAAGGUGCAGUUCCCCGGACACAUGCAGCCUGGUCUUGGUCACCAUCAUCAUCACCCCCAUCAUCACCACCACCAUGAGCUGCCUCUCACCCCUCCGGCUGAACCUCCAUCGUCCUACUCUUUUGAACUGUCCCCUGUCAAAGUGCUGUCCUCGCAGCCACAGGCCACCGCCUCCUAUUACCCUCAGCACAACAGUGUGGCACAAAACUUCCCCAGCUUCCUCCAGAACUCCUCAGCCAGGCAUCACCUGCCUGGAGCCCACGUGGACGAAGGGCAGCAAUGGUGGAGCUUACCCCAAACCAACGCCACCCCCACCAACCAUCCCUUCUCUCUAGGCAGACAGCUGGUUUUGGGCCACCAGCCCCAGAUAGCUGCUCUUCUCCAAGGCACCUCCAAGGGCCUGCUGAGCUCCACACGCCGCUGCCGCCGCUGCAAGUGCCCCAACUGCCAGGCGAAUGGCGGGGGGUUAGAGUUUGGAAAGAAGAGACUACACAUCUGCCACAUCCCAGAGUGUGGCAAAGUGUACAAGAAGACAUCUCACCUCAAGGCACAUCUGCGCUGGCAUGCCGGGGAGAGGCCCUUUAUCUGUAACUGGCUCUUCUGCGGAAAAAGCUUCACCCGCUCAGACGAGCUACAGCGGCACCUCCGCACACACACCGGAGAGAAGCGCUUUGGGUGCCAGCAGUGCGGCAAGAGGUUCAUGAGAAGUGACCACCUCUCCAAACAUGUCAAGACCCACCAGACCAGGAAGAGCCGGUCUGGGCAGCCUUCACAGAGCACGGACCCUCUGCUCACCAAUAUCAAGAGAGAGUAAUCUCUGUGAUCCAUCAUUCCAAAAUAAUAAUCAACAAUGAACAGACUGUGUUACAUUCACUGCCAUAGGUUUGCACUAGAGGGUGAGCAUCGAGCGCCCCGGAAAUCUUCUGUUGUCGAAGCCCUACUUUUGACUUCAAGUAGUACAAUAAAAAUAUAUUUAGAGACCAUUUUUAAUAAAAGUAAUUGUGUCUUGUUUGAAGCAGGGCAGCUUUAAGGAAUACUUGAAGCCUUUUUUCAGUGAUAUUGUGAGAGUUUUGCCGAAUUGAGUGUACUUUUCAGGAUACCACACAAACAGAUUUCUCCAGAAA